AUGGCUACAGUGAAAAUAACUGAGAGUUUAUUUGGUACAACAAAAAAUCAAAAUGAAAUAAAAAAAUAUACACUUUCAACAUCAGAUGGUUUUGAAGUUGCUUUAAUUAAUUAUGGUGCAACAAUUCAAUCCAUUCGACAACCAGAUAAAUAUAAUCAAAUUACUGAAAUUACACUUGGUUAUGAUAAUCUUCAAGGUUAUAUUGAUGAUAAAUGUUUUUUUGGUUGUACAGUUGGUCGAGUAACAGGUCGUAUAAAAAAUGGUCGUUUUGAAUUAGAUGGAAUUGUUUAUGACUUACCAAAGACUGAUGCUACAACAAGACAUUAUUUACAUGGUGUUUUUAAUAAAAGUGUAUGGGAUAGUUCAACAGAAAAUGGUGAUACUGUUGUUUUUAAAUAUCAAAGUCCAGAUGGUGAAAGUGGAUUUCCUGGUCGAGUUAAUGUGACUGUCAAAUAUAUAUUGACAAGUGAUCAUCGAUUAACACUUGAUUUUCAUGCAACAACAACAAAACCAACACCAAUAAACAUGACAAAUCAUGUUUAUUUUAAUUUUGCCGGAGAUGCAAGUGGAUCAAUACUUGAUCAUCAACUAAUGGUACCCGCUAAAAAUUUCAUUCCAUUAGAUAAAGAACUUAUCCCUACAGGAGAAAUAGCAUCAGUAGAAAAUACUCCAUAUGAUUUCAGAACCUUGACUCGUAUUGGUGAUCGUAUUAAUGAAUCAUUUGACGGUUAUGAUAUAACGUUGAUUGUUGAUGGUGAUGGAAAACGUCCAUUUGGCAAACUUCUUCAUGAACAAAGUGGUCGAGCAAUAACUAUUGAAUCAACUCAAAAAUGUCUUCACCUUUACACAGGAAAUUUUCUUGAUGGUGGUAAAGGACGUAAUGGAGCAACAUAUAAUAAACACGACGGAUUAUGUUUAGAAACUCAAAAUUAUAGUGGUAGUGUUAAUAAUCAACCUUCAUUUCCAAGUAUUAUUCUUCGUCCUGAUAAAGAAUAUCAUGAACAAACAACUUUUCAUUUCCAUUUGGAAUAA